CGGGCGCGCGGUGCUCGUUUGCCUUCGAAUCGAUGCAACGCCAUUGGCUGCGUAUGGGGUGAGUGAAUGCGCGCGCGCAGCGCGCGCGCGAAAUUUUUUUUGGUUCUAUGGCUCUCCCUAUUAAAGUAUAAUAAUCAACACCAUACGCGGGGGAUUAGAUAAUCCAGCGAGUUUUUUUUUUUUUGUGACGUGUUGGCGUUGCUGAUUUUCCUCUCCCAGGCUCUCCCAACCCAGGAAAAAGGGGGCUAUAAACUGUGCUGUUUAAUUCGUAAGUUGGAUUUCUUUGUAAGUACUACUCCUCGCGUUCAUCUCUUUGUCUUUCCGUAUUUGACGCAUUAGUAUCUCAGGAAGAGGUGGAACAUGUGGACAUGUACGUACUGUGGUUAAAAGUCUCAUUUUGCCUUGCACAAAAACGACCGAAGCUGACCUGGUGACCAAGGACGAACUGUGCGGUAUGGAAAGGAUGAACAAAAAUGUUUCCCAUCUCCAAAAGUGCUCUGCAGCACGAAUCUUUGCAAAAGAUAAAGAAGUCAUACGUACUUUUCUUGAUGCAGUUUUUGUCUUGGAUGCGAAGAACAAGAAGACGAGUAGUAGACUAAACUGUGUUUUUUCCACACUGAUGCUACUCCGCGCAGUGUAAGAGCUGCAAGUUCACUUCUUUUAUUUAACUUUCAUCUUCAUCUUCGCUCCUAGCAUGAAAGUGUAAAGAUACAUGUGACCACAAUGAAUUGGCGUUCACAGCGAUUAUAGGGUGCUGGGAACAACAGUUUUCAAUUCGAUACACGACGCGAAGUUUGUGCGGCUGGGGGUAUGAACUGCAAAAGUAUCGCACUCGUAUAAAUGCAUUACAAAUUUCCUCAGCAUGAGAAAUAAAAUCUGUAUAUGCUGACUUACCUUAAGAAAAAAGUUUGUAAUGCAGGACUUGCAUUUAUACGAGUGCGAUACUUUUGCACAGGAUAGGGGGCGAACUGCAGCAACUGGUAUCUGUCAGUGGGGUACUGCGUGUUGCCUAUCACAUAUAAAGAAAUAGUCGUUUUGUCAUGCUGACGAGGACGACAACACAACCUGUAUUGGUUAUGGUUUUGUAUGUUUUUGUCAUGUACUAGUUGUGCAGAAAGAGACAUUAAAGGACGAGGAAGAGGGUCAGAACGAAACGUGCAUGAAUUUGUGUACCCGUCCGAACAAGCCAGCUGCUAAGGCAGGAAGCGUGGUGGCGCGACUUUUCCGUGCGAUAGCGCAACAGGAGGAGAAGCACUUGCUGAACAUAGGAUGACGAUGAAGAGGAUGAUCAACACGACCACCACCACGGUGAUUCUGGUUCAGCAUCAGGACCAGCAAAUGCGAAAAUAGCAAGGGCUGAUAUUCUUUCCAAGGCGAAAAUAUGAAUAGCACGAUUUUUUCCUUUUCCAGAGCAAUAGAUGAAGAACAGUGUGUAAAAAAACUGCUAAAAUGAAGCAAAAGCUCACCCCUCGUCCUGGUGGUAGAGACAAGGUCAUCCCAUGCAAGGCACACGAGUUGUCGCGGACAGUCCUCUCAGGCGCAGCUGAUUUACUACUUCGCACUCCUCCUUCUUUCAGAAAUGAAGUGCAAUGAC